CCAUGUUGGCACACUUGAUUGAUAGUACAGGUUGUCUUCAAUUUGUAGGUUCUCAUCUUGUCUUGUUGUCUCAUUCUUUUCUGGUCAUCGUGUCCUCUUGUCUUCUUUUUCCUUCUCCUCUACUCUGUUCUUUUCAUCUUGUCAUCUUGUCACUGGCUAGCAUGCAGGUGGUGAGGUGGGUGGAGCAGAAGGAGGCGUAGCUAAGGGUCAUCCAUAAAAGAGUCUUCUGUCUCUCGUGUGAUUCGAGAGGUUGAAGUUGAGCUUGUGUGACUGUAGAGGCUGAAGUCGCAUCUCGCUGACAUUUGCUGCAUUGACGUCAACAAAAAUGUUCACACGGUGUGUCACACUGUUACCACUCUUCACUCUUGUCACACUUUGUCUGGCCGCUCCACUUCCUGAUAGAAGUGCGGUUCUGCUCGCUCACCUUGACGGAAAACCAGCAACACAGGCGGCGACAUCACAGCCAGCUCCCACUGUGUCAGGCGAUACAUCACAUUCCCCAGGUGUCGAUAACUCCAAAGAACAAGUUGAAGCACAACCAAACAACGAGGACACCAACCAAGUGGAAGCUGAAGGUGUAUACAACUCUCCCGAUUCAGAUGUAGGAGCAGAAGGCCCUGACAACUCCUUUACAGAAAGUGACGAUCCUCCAGAAUCGGCAGAUUCUAUAAAAUCACCAGUGUCUGCAGAAUCAUCAGAGUCUGCAGAAUCAUCAGAGUCUGUGGAUACACCAGAGCUCGCAGAAUCACCAAAGUCUGCAGAAUCAGCAGAGUCUGGAGAAUCAGCAGACUCUGUGGCAUCACCAGUGUCUGCUGAUGCACCAGAGUCUGCAGAAUCAACAAAGUCUGCAGAAUCACCAGAGUCUGUGGAAUCAUCAAAGUCUUCUGAUUCAGCAGAGUCAUCGGAAUCACCUGAGACCCCGGAAUCACCUGAGUCUCAAGAGUCUCUGGAAUUGCCAAAAUCUUCACAAUCGACCAAGUCAGAAUCAGAGUCAAGUUCAGAGGCAAACAAGGACAGAUACAAGGCAAGCAGUGAUUCUGAGUCUGAUGCCGCCACGGCUGGCAUUGACGAGGGUGGCAAUGGUGCUUACCUAUUGGCCACAUUUGACUUAGAAGAGGGAGGUGAGGUGGGGCCUGAGGUCUCAGAUGAGGAGGAGGCUCAGGCACAGGAAGGAAGAGAGACACCAGAAAUCGACUUGUCUGACGCGUCAGACGUGAUGGAAGGGGAGGAGAUCAGAGAAGAAGAAAACUCUUCCAAGGCUGACAAAGGCUCCGAUAGAAGUGUCAGCAUGGAGGAUGCUGACCUUGACAGAGAUGCCAUCGAAGAGGAUGUAAACAUGGAGGAGCAAAAUGUUCAAGAACCUGAAGAAAGCUCCCAAAUCUUUGACUCCACUGAGGCAACUCUUGUCGAAAAAUCAGACUCCACACCAUCCCACCCCAGGGAGUGAAUUAGCCCUUCAAGCUCCAACCGAGAGGAAGCAAGCAUAAGCGUGGGGACUGCUUGGAAUACAUUUGCCAUGACAACUUCCCAUCUGGAUUGCUCGCUUGUGUCUUUGAGUCUUUGUCAAGCGCUUGUUUGCUCAUCCGUUACUCUGUCCACUGAAUGAACACGUGCACGCUACGUGAACGUCUAUUGUGUAGCUGUCGUAGUGAACGUCA